AUGUCGCGAAGUCCGCCGCCAAUCGACGUCGCCGACCACGAGGUCUUAUACUCCGCGGACGCGAUCGCGCGAAGGGUGAGCGAGCUCGCGGCGUCCAUCGCGUCCGACUACGCUGAAAAGUCGCCCGCGUUUCUCAUCACGAUGACGGGCGCGUUCGUGUUCGCGUCCGACCUCUUGCGCGCGAUGCACCCGAACACGCCGCGCGGCGCGACGAUCGAUGCCAUAAAAGCCAAGUCGUACGUCGGGACUACGUCGAGCGAGCGCGUGACGCUGUCGGACGGCGCGGCGAGCGCGGUGGACGUGCGAGGAAGGCACGUGGUCGUGAUCGAAGACAUCGUCGACACCGGCGUCACGCUGAGGGAGCUGCGCGCGGCGAUGGACGCGCGCGGCGCCGCGAGCGUGACGUGCGUCGCGCUGCUGAACAAGCGCGCGCGGCGACGCGAGGAGCUCGCGAGCGACGGGCCGGAGUACGUCGGGUUCGAGUGCGAAGACCGAUUCGUCGUGGGGUACGGAUUAGAUUUAGACGGGCGGUGCCGUGAGUGGCCCUACGUCGGCGUCUUGAACGGGCACUGA